AUGUUGGCACUUUUGGCAUGCGUCUUCCUCGCAGCAGUUUGCUAUGCUGAUGACCGGUACAGGCAGCCGUAUAAGCAGCCCAGCUACCAACCAGCCCCCUACCAGCCAUCUUACAAACCCAGCUACAAAGAGGAGUAUCCUGAUCACCCAGCCAAGUACGACUUCAACUGGGUCGUGAAGGACGACUACUCCUACAACGACUUCGGCCACAACGAGUACCGCGAUGGCGACAAGACCGAAGGCUCGUACCACGUCCUCCUGCCCGACGGCCGUGUCCAGUACGUCAAGUACUACGUUGACGGGUACUCUGGCUACGUGGCCGAGGUCACCUACUCCGGGGAACCCAAGUACGACUCCUACAAGCCAGCUGCCAGCUACAAACCCGAGCCAGCGUAUGCACCUUACAAGCCACAACCCGCCUACAAGCCCGCCUACAAACCCGCUUACAAACCGGCCUAUUAAGAACCCACCAUUUCCCUCCCCCCCUUUUUCUUUGCGUUAUUUGCUGCUCAACA